CUUCUCAGCUCUGCGAAACAAUGACAGCCCAGCUGUUAAUUUUGUAUUCAUUUUGAAAAUAAUCAAAAAUAAUAUAUAAUUUACAUUUUAAACGUAAAUAAAAGAAAAAAAAAAACUUUUUCUCAUAAAUGUUAAUUUCUGUAUAAAAAGAGAAAUGCCUCGAAGUUGUUGUAUAAAAAAUUGUACUGCCCAAAAAACGACACAUCAUAAUAUAUUUAAAUUUCCAACUAAUGAGAAUGAAAGAAAUUUAUGGUUAACUGCUACUAAAGGUUAUUUAAAAAAGAAAUGUAAAUCAAACAAUCUGUUUAUUUGUAAACACCAUUUUUCGGAGGAUUGUUUUUAUCAAGGUACUUAUAAAAUCUGGAAAGAUGGUUAUGAAAUUGAUUUUCAACGAAAAAUUCAAAAAUUAAAAAAAAAUAUCAUUCCAACAAUUUUUGAGGGUGAUCCAGAGGACAGUGAAACUGACAGUUUAGAGAUAGCAGAAAAUAUCCAUUCGGAAACUUCUGAAAUUGUUCCUCUGAAAUAUACUUUUGCAAAUAGUUUGGAUGUUGAUUCUAACAAUCAUAGUGAAAAAAUAAUAGAAAAUAAAACUGAAACAAAUGAUAAGAAUUCUUUGAAUGAUGAUUGUAAAAAAUCAACAACAGAAAAAUGGCAACAUUCUAAAGAAAGAAUAUUGGAAAAUUCGGAAAAAUUAAAACAUGAUGAAAGUCAGAGUCACUUGGAAAUUUCCACUUCCGAAUUUCCUCAAUUUACGUUCGCGGACAGUUUCGAAGACGAUUUACAAAAUAUUCAAAUUAAACGACGUAAAAUUGUCUCACAUUCCUCAACGAGUGAUUGUAAGAAAUUAAAAGAAACAGAGGCGCAAUUGAUAAUUUCUAAUAAUUCUCAAAAUGAUAAUGAAGAAUGUAUAAUUAUAAAAAAUGAAAAUUUUGAAUUGCAAAAUGAUAAUGAAGAAUGUAUGAUUAUAAGAAAUGAAAAUUCUGAAUUCCAUUCUCUAACGGACAAUAGUGAUAAUUCAAAUCUUAUAACAAGUAAAUUACAAUCGACAACUUCUGUUACUACUUUUCCAAGUUUUACUUUUGCAAAUAGUAACACUGGCAAUUAUAAAAAUAAUUCUGCACUAUUGACACCUGAAGAUAAUGAAAUAACUAUUACUAAAACAAUAAUUAAUAAUGUCGUGCAAGUAAACUCUGGAAUAAAUCAAUUGCAAUCGACAAAUAAUGCGGGAGCAUUGACAAUUGGUCAAAAUAAAGGUGUUGCCAUUACACCAACAAUAAAAAAUAUUUUAAAUCUAAACACUGGAAUAAAUCAACUAUCACCGACAAUUGCGAGUCAUAAUGGAAUGAUGUUUGUCGGUCAAAAUGGAUACUUUCAGCCAACAAUUAAUAAUAUUUCAGUUUCUGAUUUAUCCAAUUAUACAUUUGCAACGAGACCAAAGCCAAGUUCUCCAAAUUGUACUGAAUUAUUGAUACUUAAAAAACUUAAUCCAGUUCAAUAUCAAGUGAAUAAUACAGUUCCGAUUACUAAUAAUUUGAGCUUGGCAAAGGAUGGUACAAUUAAUGUUAAUAUUAAUAAUAAAUUGCCUAUUAAUAAUAAUAUUAAUUUAAAUAAUAAAAAUUUACCCGUUAAUGGUGUGAAUGCAAUUAAAAUAAGUCGUGUACAUUCGGAAGCUUCGAAUUCUAAAGUACAUUCAACGAAUGAAUGUACAAUUCAAAAGACAAAUGAAAAAGAAAUUUCUUCAAAAAAAUCUUUGAAACGUGUCAAAAAGAAAAAUGAAAGAGAUUUAUCGCCUUCGUCUUUGCGUAGAGUCAAUAUAGUCAAUGAUAUUUUGACUUUGAAUUCAUCGAUUCCUGUAAAUAAUACACAAAUUUCUCAAUGUACUUCUGUUUCCUUACAAAGUGCCUUAUCUUCAAUUAAUGUAUGCGCUGAAUAUUCAAAAUCAACAUUAAUGUGGGAUUGGAAACAUAGAAAUGUUAAUGAAUUUCCAAAAUAUUGGGGAAUGAUUGAUAGUCCUGAUGGUGUAUUUUUUGGAUACGUUGGAGAUAUUCCCAGUUGUACAACACGAUCUAUUUAUGUUAAAGAGGACAUGACUGUCGAGUUACGGGCCAAUAAUCGCAUUGCAAAUUGUCCUGUUAUUGAGAAAAUAGAAAACCUAGAACAAUUACGUGUUGCAAUGAUAAAAAUUGUAUCUAUGAAUCUGUGUAAUAACACCGAAGAAGGUAAAUGUCAGAAUGGUUUUUAUUUGAGAAAAAAUGGAACUUCCAGCAAAAUGUGUAAGGAUUGUCAAAUAAAAAGAAAUAAGGAACAAAGUUGUAUUCGACUUAAAAGUCGACGUAUGAAUUUAAAAAAAGAAAGACGUAAAAAAAAUUUAAGGAACAUUAAACAAAAAUUAAGUCGUGCUUUAAAAAAGAUUGAAGUUAUGCAAAAUACACAUGAUAUUCUUACUGGCACAUUGUUACAAGAAAAUGGAAUAAUAGAAUCAUAGUUUAUAAUAUGAAAAAAGAAAAACGUUCUAAACUCUUUUUUGAAAAUAUAAUAUGUAAUAUAGCAGAUUGUAUAGUGAAAAAUUCAAUUUUGUUAAUUAGAUUAAGAUAAUAAUAGUUUGAAAUAUAAAAAUUUAUUUUUUUUAACAAAAA